AUGGAAAUUCGUGAUAGUUUAUGCGAUUUGGGACGUAUGGAAAUUCCUCGGCCACAAUUUCAUGGAAUGCAAUUUAUUGCAACACGAGGAAAACUAGGAUUCUACAAAACAAUACGAGAAAAUGGCAGUAAAUACGGGGUGCAAGUUAGGCCACAAGGCCCACGACGACCGGUGCUCAACAACGACAUCUUCCAAAAGCCAUCUGCAGUGAAGGAAGAAUCCGUAGAAGAUUCUCCACCUACAGAAAAUCGAACAACAACUCGCCCACAGGACCCGCGAGGAAAACCGAAUGAAAGCGGACGGGAUAGGGUCAACCAGAAAAUACAAAAUCUCAAGAAUGGUGGACCACGAACUCAGCCAAUUCGAGUAGAAUUGGAGCCUGACUAUCCAUCGGACUACGUACCACCUCACUUACGCAUAAACCAAGGAUACACCAAAAACCACAAAACAACGAUGUUCUGA